ACUUAGUAAUCGAUGAUAAUUUAAUAAAGUUAGUUACUGUAUCGAAUAUAAUUUCUACAAAUACAAUACGUAAUAUAUACAUUUCUAGGAACUAUCUAUUUUCUAAUAUAUUUUUACGAUAAAAAUGACGCUAAAACACGUAGUUAUAGGUGGUGGUACAGGUUUUAUCGGAACACAAAUAAUAAAUUCAUUGUGUCAUAAAGGUGCUUCUUAUACAUGUAUUUCUCGCAUGCCUGGGCCUAAUCGAAUUUCAUGGCAUGAUUUGGAAUGUUAUGGUUUACCUGAAAAUACUACUGCUGUAAUCAAUGUUGCUGGUCAGAAUAUACUUGAUCCAAAACAGCGAUGGUCAGAAGGAUUUAAACAAAAUGUUAUAAAUAGCAGAGUAGAAACAACAAAAUCUUUAGCUAAAGCUAUUACAAAUACUAAAGCUAAUGUUUUUAUAACAAUUUCUGGAGUAUCAUAUUAUAAACCAAAUGAUACAGAAUAUACAGAAGAAAAUAAAUGUGAAAAAUAUGAUUUCCUAUCAGAACUUUGUCAUAACUGGGAAGCAGCUGCACAACUUCCAAAAGAUAGCAAUAUCAGACAAGUUACAAUUAGAUCAGGAGUUGUAUUAGGAAGAAAUGGUGGUAUGAUCAAACAAAUAUAUUUACCAUUUUUCUUUGGAUUGGGUGGUCCUAUUGAUAAUGGAAAACAAUAUAUGCCAUGGAUACACAUAACAGAUUUGGUCAAUUUGUUUCUAUUUUCUAUUGAAAAUAAAAAUGUACAUGGUAUAUUAAAUGGUGUUGCUCCACAAAUUGUAACAAAUACAGACUUUACUAAGGCAUUUGCAUCUGUAAUGCGAAGACCUGCAUUUAUUCCUGUACCACGAAUAGUCUUGAAUAUCAUUUUUAAUGAAGAACGUGCAAAAAUUAUGCUAGAAGGACAAAAAGUUAUACCAAAACGUGUUAAUGAAUUAGGAUUUCAAUAUAAAUAUCCUGAUAUUAAUUCUGCCUGUGCUGAAUUAAUUAAAAAUAAAUAAAUAAUAAUAUGUAUAUAUUUUUUAAAAUUAACAGUAUAUUUAGAUUAUAUUAAUUUAUAUAUUUGCAUUAUUAUAUAAAAAAUACU